AUGGGACUUGGUACUGUGCUACACAAGGCGGCGGAACUUGGAAAUGUUGAAGUUGUUUGUUUUUUGAUUCGUGAAGGGAUAGACCUAAGCAUAAAAGAUGCCAAUGGUCGCACUGCUCUCGAGUGUGCUAAGAUGCGCAACAAAACUGAAGUGGUGAAGAUGCUCGAGGAUGUGGCUUUCCCCCAGGAGAUAAGAAACAUUAUCCUCUAA